CACAGCAGCACCAGUCUGUUCGCGGCGCAGAAGCUUGCGGGAAAAAAAACCGGCCCUUGCAGAGCAAUAUCCUUUUCGUUUUGGGGGUGUUUAAAUGACCAGCCUAUCUGUCACUGCAGGAGGCAGCAGCAGUGGUCCGGCUACUCCAAGCCCUGAUCCGAGCCGCCGCCAUGGCAAUAAUGAUAUUUCCCAGCAGGAUGAUUCCGUCUUGACCUUCACUGAUAUCCCAAGCGAACUUUUCCAGCUGCGCUCCUUCGACUCCAAUUUCCUCCAGCACACCACCGCCAACACUUCAACCUCAACCUCAACCUCGCCACAGCCACCCGACCACGACGGCUCCACAAUAGACACACCUCCAUCUACCUCUCAUCCCCAACCCCGAAAACCCUCUCCCGGUUUGGCAGCUCGAUUAAAAGCCCUCGGCUUCGGCAGCCAGCGGAAAUCCUCGCCCCCGCCCCCUUCUCACCUCGAUCGCAUCGGCCGCCUUCCCGAAGAACAGCUCAGAAAGCUCGAGCAGGGCCAUCAAGCGAACACUGUAAACCCUGUCGAACGGCGCGGCCGCCCUUGGAAGGGUGCCAUCGCCCGCAUACCUUCCAGGUCAAGCUUGAAGCCCUCCAAAGACGCCAGUCAGGCCGAAAGCAGCACCGCGCCCGUCCAGGACGAAGCCAAUGCGGAACUGAAGCCCGACUUUCUGCCCGAGGUCGCCAUCGCGAAUCCGGUCGAGAUGGAUACGCACAAAUACCGCCUCCCGGAUCACACAAAUGGGAAUGGUGUCAAGGUGCAAUUAGGAACACGCGAGGAACAUAUCGCCCGGGAUACACGUCCGGCCCUGUCGCCCGAACAACUGCCUCCCCUUCCCCGAAAGGACACGCCGCCGCCGCCGCCAGCCACAGAUCCUUCUAAUCAAGACCUCUUCAACCCCGACGCGGCAUCGUACUUCAAUCCCCUGGGCUUGCAGCGACCGGGCUCCAUUUAUACGCUGUCGCGCGUCUCCUUCGCGAGCCAACUCGCACAGCUAACCUCGAUCCAACUGCCGGAUGCCGAAUCCUUGUCCAGCAAAGUCUCGGCCAUUCCCACCGCACAGGCUGCCACGAGGGCUCUGAUCGGCGCUGCCGAGCAGAUUCGCGGCUGGAUUUACAAGGCUACCGAAGUCAUCGGCGGGUUGGAGAGCGAAGAUGACGUGGAAUGGGCAGCUGCUGGCGGGCGCGAGGGCGUAGAAGAGGUGGAGAAUGCCACCAUCAGGUUCGAGGAGUUGAUCAACGUUUACGUGAGCGCGAUCGAGGAGUUGCAAAGCCGCAGCGAUAUUGCGCAAGUGUCAACCGACGACCUGAAGAGGGCCGUUGCCCAGAUGGAGUCCAUCAUGGAUGAGUGGUCCAAGAUCCGUCUUACCCUGCGCAGCGUCAAGGCCCAGGUCGAAAUAGCCAUGGAGUGGGAGGAGCUGUGGGACAUGGUUCUGGGCGACAUCCAAAACGAGAUGGAUGACCUCAGCCGCCUGGUCUUUGAGAUGGAGGAGCGUCGACACAAGUCCAUACUGGCCGUCUCGAGUGGCGAUGGAGUGGACAUUGGUGACCUGGAGACCAUCGUUGAGGAAACACCACCGACGGCCACCCGCCUCCAGGCUUCCAACAAUCGCUUCAGCCUACCUGCAUUUCCUGCCAGCCCCAGCUCGCCCUCUCCAGGAGCCACCCCGACCAUCUCUCAAGAUGAUUCGAGUUUGCUCGCCCUGUUCGCCCGGAUGCAGCCUCUGAGGGCUUCUCUCGACUUCCUGCCCAUGAGGCUUUCCGUCUUCGAAGCGAGAGCGGAGAGGGCCUUCCCCACGGCUUGCGAAGAACUGGAGAUGAGGAGGUCGGGCCUCGACGCCAGCUACAAGAAGCUGGAGAAGGACGCAGAAUCGCUACGGAAGGAACUAGGUGAAGACCGGUGGGUCCUGGUCUUCCGAGGAGCAGGGCGCCAGGCUCAGAAGAUGUACGAAUCCGUCGAGCGAAGCGUGUCUCGCCUGAAGGAAGGGGUCGACGGGGGGAUGCACUUGACCAAUCAGCCGGCGAUGAGCAAGAAGAUCGAGAGCUACGAGGCCAAGAAGACGCACUACGGACCCGCCAUCGAGCGCGUGUUGGCCAUCAUCGACAAAGGGGUCAAGGAUCGGUUGACCGUCAACGGCGAGAUCCUCCGCUUGCACACCGAGAUGCAGACCAAGUGGGAGGAGUUGAAGGAGCGCAUGGCCGAGAUGGACCUGGCUCUCGAGGAGCUGCAAGCCGACAACAGGGGGCAGCAACUUCGUGAUUCAGUGUCCAGCAUGUUAUCGAAUGAUCGGUCUACCGUAGGCAGUGGCAAUGAGACUCCGGGAAGCUCGCCUCCGUCGUCUGUCAUCAUGUCGAGCCUGGGACUCGGCAAGUCGACGCCCAAAGCCAAGGCUAACAAGCAGCGGUCUACGAGCGUGGGCAGCCACCUACCGCAGCCGGCAAGCCGUGGGAAUUCGUCACUUCCUACCCCAUCGAGUCAGGGGCCAAGAAGACCUCUCGUGUCACACUUGUCAGCCUCGAGCACUCCGUCUCGGGAAGGAUCUGCCACGCCGACAGGGAAGCAGAUCUCUCGUCCCAAUUCCGCGGUGCCUGGCCGGCCGCGGUGGAACAACUCUGCCAACGCCUCGACUGUCGAUACCGGGCACAACUUCAAGCCGCUCAGCCUUACCAACCCGAGCCCCUACGCCCGGAAACCCAACACCCCUUCCCGGGCUAGCUCGUCGCUCACACCAUCCUCCUCCAAGCUCCCACUCCGCAGUCCGCUCAGCCGAGCUACUUCGGCAUCACCUAUUCCGGAAGACACCCCUUCGAAAUCGAGCUCAUCCCGUCUCUCUUUCCGUGACAGGAUCUCGUCGCCCGGGCCCUAUUCGCAGCAGACACUUACCAAGCCUCGCCUUGCACCAAAGUCGUCCACGUCGGCCCUGGCAAACCGGCGCAUCUCGCUGCAACCCCAAAAGACCAUCGAUCUCUCCCCAGACGUGACCCGCAGGCCCGCAAGCUCUCUUGCCACGACUCGGCGGUCCAGCAUGCUUCCGCAGCCCAGGUCGACUGUCGGCGUUACCGGCCGGGAAAGCCCCCAGGCGGUUGCUGGCGCGAGGAACGCGAUGCAGAGAUGUACCUCUUCAGUAACGGAUUCAGGGGUCAAAAGCAACAAGCCGAAGUGGCGACACUGAAAAAUAGCGGUCGGCUUCGGCCAAUCUCUUGACGGCUAAUAUGAAUCCGUCGCGUCGCGUCGCGUCGGAUAUCAACACCACAACUUUCUACCGCACUCGUUGAACCUGAAAUUUCAAAAAAUCUGAGUCGGAUCGUAGCGG